AUGGUCCUAGAUCCUCUGACGGCGUUUUCUGUCGCUGGAACAGUCAUUCAAUUUGUCGAUUUCGGCCUAGAACUCUUCCAGCGAAGCGAGGAGUUGUACAGAUCGGUCCGAGGCACUUUGUCUGUCAAUGAGGAGUUAGAUCAGACCAUCUAUCAAAUUCUGAAGCUAGUAGAAAAGCUUUUGCAGUCACUGGGGCCGGAUGGAGCCUUGGGAUGCCAGACAAACGAUGAGUAUACCUUGGCAGGGCUCUGUGAUGCCUGUAAGGCCGUAGCACGGGAGAUGAUAAGUCGGCUGAAUGAUCUUAAAGUUAAAGGUAGGGCUCGAGCAUGGAAAAGCCUGAGAGCAGCAAUUGUGCACGCGUGGAAUCGAGACGCUAUGAUGGCGUUACAGAAGAAACUCGAAGGCAUCAAAGCACUCAUUGAGUCGUAUGUGCUAGUGUCAGUGAGAGAGAAUGUGAUCAAUCUCUCUAUCGAGACGUCGGAGCGGUUCGCCGCGCUUGAUUCGAGGUCCCAACUCAUCAUUGACUCUCUCCUUGAAAGACGGAAGGAAUUUUCAGAGGAGCUACAGGACCAGACUUUGGCGAUAGCUCAGCUUUUGAGCCGGUCAGAGAUAGCCAUACUCGACCAUCUUGAAGAAUCCAAGGCUAGGAUUCUUGGGACAGUACAAGAAGCCCAACAAAUCACCUCUUUGAAUGGAGUUGCGAAUGACCAGCUUCUAAGAUCGAAAAACGCCGAAACACUUUGUCGGGACAUGACCGAGAAGUCUCUCUUGGAAGGCCUCCAGUUCUCAACAAUGAUGCAGCGCCAAGAAGAAGUCACGGAAGCAUAUCGCAAGACAUUCGAGUGGAUAUUUCAAGACCUGUCUAGGACUUUCCGGCCCUGGAGUAGCUUCAUCAACUGGCUCAAAUAUGAAGACGGAAUAUAUUGGAUAAACGGCAAGGCAGGAUCGGGGAAGUCUACACUCGUGAGGUACAUUUGUGAUGAACGACGGACAGAGACUUUGUUGAAAGCUUGGGCUGGGCCGAUUCCGUUGACUAUUGCCUCGUUCUUCUUUUGGAAUAGUGGCACAAGGGAUCAGAGGUCCCAGAGCGGCUUUCUCCGUGCUAUUCUCUUCAAAGUUUUGCAUCAACACCCGGAACUCAUGCCUAUUGUCUUGCCUUGGCAAUGGGCUAAGCGAUAUUCGAGACUGGCUUCAGACAAACCUAUCCUUGCCGAUCAGAUUCGGGAUGACUGGUCGAUAUCGAGAUUAAAGCAAGCUUUCGCAAAGCUCUGUGAGCAGAGGAUCGUCAAGAUAAAGGUCUGCAUUUUCUUGGACGGGCUCGACGAGUACGAGGGAGACCAUGAAUUAAUAGCCGAAUUCUUUCACGAAAUUACAACAUCUUCACCCAAUAUCAAGAUAUGCGUGUCAAGUCGGCCGCUCCUGGUUAUUGGGGAUAUUUUCAGUGGGCUUCCUAGCCUUCGGUUGCAAGAUCUCACGUUUCAAGACAUCAAAUUCUACGUGAAUGAUAACCUCAGCAAGCACAGACGAUUCCGUCAAUUGCUUGAAAAAGAACCAAUCAAAACACCGCUGCUGGUCAAAGAUAUCGUCGGCAGGGCAGAUGGAGUGUUCUUGUGGGUCAGACUUGUUGUUGAAUCUCUGCGUGAAGGACUAGGGAACCCCGACGAGAUUGCCGAUCUUCGAGAAAGGCUGGAUGAGCUGCCCCGAGACUUAGAACAGCUCUAUAACCACAUGUGGGGUCGUGUCCGUGGGGUCUACAGACCCCGUGCCUCUCGGAUUUUCCAGAUUGUCCGUGCCGCCAGAAAUCAAGGUGCAGUUAUCAGAUAUAAAGACGACGAAUACGAGCCUCUAACUGCGAUUGCGCUUUCUUUCGCAGAAGAGGAAUCUACGAGCAUUAACGGAAAUCCAUCAAUUAGAAUUCUGGAUCCAGCUUACCUCAAAGAACGUUGCGAGAAGAUGGAUGCGGUCUUGAAGACACGAUGCGCUGGCUUGCUUGAGAUUCAUGCAUCUGAAAGCACACUCUACGAAUCUUGGGGAGGAACAAUCUAG